GUCGCGAAUCCAGAAUUCAACUAGUCAACUGACGAGAGGCACCUCAGCCUUAGUUGGGAGUCGAAAGUCUUAAUUCUUUCGUAGCCUUUUUUUUAAGACUUUCGGGCUUUCAUUUUGGGCGAAACCUUGAUUACUGAGGCCAGGAAUACUACGGGAAGAGUGAGACAUACAGCUAUUGUUAUUUUUCAUUCUUCGUUAGUUCUUCUUCAGACAGACACUCUCCAAAGCCUGCGAGAUGCUGUACACAAUAACACUGACAUUGGUGCUGUCCGUUGCACGACUGACCUGCUCGGCUGAAUUGGACCUGGAUGGACCCCAACCUGUGUUCAAGGCUGAUAUGAAGGAUGUCCAUUUCCUCUUGUGGACCAGAAGUAACCCCGAUGACGCAUCUUACCACGAACUGCUGAUUAACGACACGAGCAGUCUGGCCAACUCACCCUUCGACCCCAGUCGACCAACGCACCUUCUCAUCCACGGCUGGAUGGCCAGAAGCCUCACCGGGUGGCCAGUGAGGGCUAAGACAGAACUGUUAACAUACUAUGACUGCAACGUCAUCGCUUUAGACUGGGGGAAGAUCGCCCACCACGUCAACUACUUCGGAGUCGUUCACAAUCUUCCUCUGGUGGGCCAGCACUCAGCCCAAUUCUUGGACUUCUUACACGUCUAUGGGCACCUUAACUUCACAGCACUGCACGUGACUGGGCACUCCCUAGGUGCCCACGUGAGUGGCAUCAUUGGGCGUCAAGUGACCCACGGUCAGGUUGGACGUAUCACAGGUUUGGAUCCAGCGGCUCCAGAGUUUCACGAAGGCGAAGACGAGACGAAACUCGACAGAUCCGACGCCACUUUCGUCGAAAUCAUUCACUCGAAUGCUGGAAGUCUUCUCCACUUCUGCGUGGGGCUCCCUGAUCGGAUGGGCCAUGUUGAUUACUACCCCAAUGGAGGGGCCCACCAGCCUGGAUGCACUGCCGUUGGCACCUUGACGGAGCUCUUGACAGCCGGCUGCAGCCACGGCAGGUCCUUCGAGUACUGGAUAGAGAGUAUCAAUGGAGCCACACCCUUCAAGGCGAGGCCCUGCCCAGAUUGGAACACGUACAAAGCGGGAGAAUGCCAAAGCUGUGGGGAGGGAUGUCUCGAUAUGGGAUUCCAUGCCUCGAUGGAACCCCACGGAACCUACUUCCUCGAGACGAGUAAGGAGAAGCCAUUCGCUUUAGGGUAAGAGUGUGAAAUCGACGCACGGACAGGCUACUGUUGUACUUCUGACAAGUUAUGGACGAUAAUCCGACUAAACUAUAAGUUUUUUCUUCUUUCAAAAACACACACAGAUGUAAUUUCGGGAGACUAAGUACUGAAAACUUUAUAUAAUACAAGUUUUCAUCGUUCAAGAAUACAGACAGCUAUAAUUUCUGAAGACAAAGAACUGCAAACUUGAUAAAGUACAAGUUUUCAUUGUUCCAGAACACAGGCACCUGUAAUUUCUGACCGCAAAUUAAUGAAAACUUAUCAAAAACACUGAAACAGGGACACUUUUCGUGUAAAAAUGGCAAAAAAUUAAGAAAAAAUACAGAUUUUGUAAUGUUGUGACGACCAGUUUUUGACUGGAUGAAUAAAUCUACCAAUAUUGUGAAAUUCCA